GGGCUUCGCUGCGCAUGCGCGGAGUCUGUCACGACUGUGUACGCUGCUGCUGCUGCUGCAGGUGCAAACAUGGCGAUGAAGGCGCUCCGAGGGAUGGUGAACGGGGCCAUGAGCGAGCUCUCCUCCGCCGUCAGCGGGAGCAGACCUCCGGCCGCCGCUCCGGCUCCCAGCGCCGCCACCCGGGAGCAGGUGGCCGUGCGCCGGGAUUACAUCUCCCAGCCCCGCCUCACCUACAAAACUGUGUCUGGAGUCAAUGGUCCGCUGGUGAUCCUGGAUCAGGUGAAGUUUCCGCGGUACGCAGAGAUCGUCCAUCUCACGCUGCCCGACGGAACGAGGAGGAGCGGUCAGGUGUUGGAGGUCUCCGGCUCCAAAGCUGUGGUGCAGGUGUUUGAGGGGACUUCAGGUAUCGACGCCAAGAAGACGAGCUGCGAGUUCACAGGAGACAUCUUACGGACGCCGGUCUCUGAGGACAUGUUGGUGCGUCGUGUGUUUAAUGGAUCAGGUAAACCCAUCGACAAAGGACCUGCCGUCCUGGCUGAAGACUUCCUGGACAUCAUGGGUCAGCCCAUAAACCCUCAGUGUCGUAUUUACCCCGAGGAGAUGAUCCAGACGGGAAUAUCUGCCAUCGACGGCAUGAACAGCAUCGCCAGAGGACAGAAAAUACCCAUCUUCUCUGCUGCAGGGCUGCCGCACAACGAGAUCGCCGCUCAGAUCUGUCGUCAGGCCGGUUUGGUGAAGAAGUCCAAGGACGUGAUGGACUACAGCGAGGACAACUUCGCCAUCGUUUUUGCUGCCAUGGGGGUGAACAUGGAGACCGCUCGCUUCUUUAAGUCCGACUUUGAGGAGAACGGUUCCAUGGACAACGUCUGUCUGUUCCUCAACCUGGCCAACGACCCCACCAUCGAGCGAAUCAUCACGCCUCGUUUAGCUCUGACAUCAGCAGAGUAUCUGGCCUAUCAGUGCGAGAAACACGUCCUUGUCAUCCUCACCGAUAUGAGCUCUUACGCCGAGGCUCUGCGAGAGGUGUCUGCAGCCAGAGAGGAAGUGCCGGGCCGGCGUGGUUUCCCUGGUUACAUGUACACCGACCUGGCGACCAUCUACGAGAGAGCGGGCAGAGUGGAGGGACGGAACGGCUCCAUCACUCAGAUCCCCAUCCUCACCAUGCCCAAUGACGAUAUCACUCAUCCCAUUCCCGACCUGACGGGUUACAUCACUGAGGGACAGAUCUACGUGGACCGACAACUUCACAACAGACAGAUCUAUCCGCCCAUCAAUGUGCUGCCGUCUCUCUCUCGUCUGAUGAAGUCCGCCAUCGGGGAGGGAAUGACCCGCAGAGACCACUCUGACGUCUCCAACCAGCUGUAUGCGUGUUAUGCCAUAGGGAAGGACGUGCAGGCGAUGAAGGCGGUGGUGGGGGAGGAGGCUCUGACAGCUGAUGACCUGCUCUAUCUGGAGUUCCUCACCAAGUUUGAGAAAAACUUCAUCUCCCAAGGUGCCUACGAGAACCGGAGCGUGUUUGAGACUCUGGACGUCGGAUGGCAGCUGAUGAGGAUUUUCCCCAAAGAGAUGCUGAAGCGGAUCCCUCAGAGCACCCUGGCCGAGUUCUACCCCCGAGAGGCCAGACACUAAAACUGACACAUCAUCAGCUUCCAUCAGUGAACCCUCACUGCUGCGUACCUACCGUGACGUGACGUAAUGCUGUGACCGUUUGAAAACUCGUGACUUUCAUGUGGCGUUGAAUGCACCAUUCCUGCUUUAACGAGAUGACGAGGGUAACGCUGAUUUGACAUGUUUACAGUGUGAAUGAAAAGAGUGUGGAUGAGUGGAACAUUGUGUCUGAAACGCUUUAAUGGAUUUUAUUGAAUUAGGUUAUUAUAGUAACGUAUUUAUUUUAGCAAAAGACAUAUCGAAAUGUCCAAAAAAAACAAAAAACGGUGAUAAAGAAAGGGGGGCGUUCUCACAUCAGCUCACACUGACUUCCUGCAGAAUAAAUACGAGGAGGCUGCUG